UAUUACUAAAAUGACAACUGUCACAUCGUUCGUGUUUUCUUAUCGUAAGGUUUAUUGAAUCAGUCUGUCAUCUUUCGUUAGGGUAUAAGGUUGGUAUGUAAAAUUUUAGUUGCAGUUUAUGUUUAUUUUUUAAUUGGAUAUCGUGUAUUACAUACGUUAUUAGUGAGUUAAGUGUUUUCCUCUAAGUUUUGUGAGAAAUACAUAUAUUUAAAAUGGUUUCCGGACGAGCAUUACAUUUCGUCUUCAAAGUUGCCGAUAGAACACUGACUGCUAAAUUUUACCGUGAUGUCCUGGGAAUGAAGGUUCUUCGCCAUGAAGAAUUCUCUGAAGGAUGUGAGGCAGCGUGUAAUGGACCAUAUGCAAACAGAUGGAGUAAGACUAUGGUGGGAUAUGGUCCAGAAGACAACCACUUUGUAGUUGAACUCACAUAUAACUAUGGUAUUACACAUUAUGAAAUGGGAAAUGAUUUCAUUGGUAUUACAAUUCAGUCCAGUGAAAGCCUAAAGAGGGCAGCAGCUACAAACUGGCCAGUAAAGGAACAAAAUGGGUUGAAGUAUGUCGAAGCACCUGGAGGUUACAAAUUCUAUAUUAUUGAUAAGCCCCAGCCCGUUGACAAGGAUCCUGUUGUCAAAGUAUCACUAGCAAGUUCAAAUUUAGCAAAAUCAAUAGCUUACUGGAACGGUUUACUUACAUUGAAGAUUUUUGAGAAAACAGAUAAAUCUGCUACUCUAGGUUUCAGCGAUGAUCAAUCAAAAUUGGAAUUGAUAGAUAUUGGUACCACAGUAGACCACGCGAAGGCAUACGGCCGUAUUGCGUUCUCCUGCCCAUUUGAGGAGCAGCCAAUCAUUGAUCAAAAGAUCCAAGAAGCGAAGGGCAAGAUUUUAACACCCUUAAUUUCCCUGGAUACUCCCGGGAAAGCCACCGUCAGGGUCAUUAUCCUGGCGGACCCUGAUGAUCACGAGAUUUGCUUCGUUGAUGAUGAGAGCUUCCGUCAGCUGUCCCAAGUUGAUCCUAACAGUGACGCCGACUUAGAUAAGUACAUUAAAUCUGAUAAAUCUAGGGCGUAAAGUUCAAGAGCCCUUAUUUUUUAUAUAAAGUUACUUGGUACUUAUUUUUUUUUUAUAUUGAUACUUAAUUAUUUAUUAUAACUGAAACUGGUUGUCCUCACACAAAUAUAUUAUUUUUUUAAUGUAAAACUAGCAGUCACGUUAGUCUUUGAAAUUUCCAUAGACAUUUUAUAGCAGUUAUCAAAUAAUUGUAAAUAAUAAAGUUGUAAUCAUUGUACUGAUGACAGCUGUCAUAAAUCGUCGACUCAUGCUUGCAAUGGGAAAAUGGGACUACUACUUCAGUGUGUGAAAAUAAUAUCGUUUUAACUUUUUAACUUAAUUAUUUAACACUUAAUAACAAGAAACCUUAUUAAAGUACCAAUAUAUAUAGUACUAACGCUAAUAAUGAAAAAUUAAUAAAAAAUAAAUUUAAAAAGUUUGGUCCCUGUGGUAGUGUACCUUUAACGCUGGCAACAUUUCCUCGCUGUAUUGCGAUACUUAUU